AUGGAGACGGGCGGCGGCACGGGCCGCGCGCUGGGCCGCCUGCUGGAAGCCGUGCUGGGCAGCCGCGGCGAGGCCAACCGCGUGUUUGACAUUCUGGCGGCGCUGCAGGCUGACAGCCCGGAGGAGAUCCAGGACGCCAUCCGCAUAUGCAGCCGCCUCUUUGGGGCUUUGCUGGAGCGAGGGGAGCUGUUUGUGGGCCGGCUGCCCCCGGAAGACGCGGUCAUGACCGGGUCCCAGGGCGCCACGCACAAGUACAAGGUGUGGAUGCGACACCGUUACCACAGCUGCUGCAAUCGCUUGGGCGAGCUGCUGGCCCACCCCUCCUUUCAGGUCCAGGUGAGUCUCCGGCCACUGAUCACUGAGGACAGGCCCCCAGAGGCUCACCUCCUUG